GUUGGAACAUCCCUUAUGAGUUCAAUGAGUCUGACCUGAGGAUUAGCAUGCGGCAGAUCCAGAUGUUUCUGAAUGACUACAAAGAGGUGCCCUUUGAAGCGCUGACCUACCUGACAGGGGAAUGUAAUUAUGGUGGCAGAGUGACUGAUGACAAAGACAGGCGUCUUCUGCUGUCCCUCCUGUCCACGUUCUACUGUAAGGAAAUUGAAUCAUCAGAUCGCUACUCCAUUGCUCCUGGAGAUGUUUACUACAUUCCUCCCCAUGGCAACUACCAGUCCUACAUUGAGUAUCUCAGGACCCUUCCCAUCACUGCACACCCUGAAGUAUUUGGUCUCCAUGAGAAUGCUGACAUCACCAAGGACAACCAGGAAACCAACCAACUUUUCCAAGGAGUGCUGUUGACGCUCCCAAGACAGUCAGGAGGGAGUGGGAAGUCUCCUCAGGAAGUGGUUGAGGAGCUAGCCCAGGAUAUACUCUCCAAGCUUCCCAGAGACUUUAACCUUGAAGAGGUAAUGAAGUUGUACCCUGUGGUCUAUGAGGAAUCUAUGAAUACCGUUCUAAGGCAGGAGCUCAUCAGAUUCAACAGGCUGACCAAAGUGGUUCGCAGAAGCCUUAUUGAUCUUGGCCGUGCCAUCAAAGGGCAAGUCCUAAUGUCCUCGGAGCUAGAGGAAGUCUUCAGUAGUAUGCUCGUGGGUAAAGUGCCAGCCAUGUGGGCAGCCAAGUCCUACCCGUCACUGAAGCCCCUGGGGGGUUAUGUUGCUGACCUAUUGGCCCGCCUGGCCUUCUUCCAGGAAUGGAUCAUCAAUGGACCCCCUGUGGUCUUCUGGAUUUCUGGGUUCUACCUUUACACAGUCUUUUUUGACGGAGUUUUCUCAGAAUUUUGCCAGGAAAUACACCAUCCCCAUUGA